AGAACAGAACGGUUUCCAAAACAAUAACAAAUAAACACGUGCAUCCCGUUUAUCGCACUACUCAUCAGUGUUCUUAUUCAAUUAAUCUCAGUUAUUUAAUUUAUCAGCUAUCUAAAAAGUUCAACCCUUGAAUAUUCCAAUGCAAAAAUGGCACAAAAUGCUGACAAAAAGUUUUCGGAUCUUGAUUUGAAACCGUGGAUCGUAAACCAGAUGGACAAGUUGGGUCUCCGUCGACCUACUCCGAUCCAGGUGGCGUGCGUUCCGCGAAUUCUUGAAGGCCAGGAUUGUAUCGGUGCCGCGAAAACCGGCUCAGGAAAGACGUUCGCCUUUGCGUUACCGAUCCUGCAAAAGCUGAGUGAAGAGCCAACCAGCAAUUUUGCCCUGGUUUUAACGCCGACACACGAACUGGCGUAUCAAAUUGCAGAACAGUUUUCAGUAGCAGGACAACCGAUGGGCGUGAAAGUAUGCGUUAUAACCGGUGGGACAGACCAGUUGCUGGAGGCACAACGGCUGCAGAGCAGACCGCACAUCGUGGUGGCCAUGCCGGGUCGCUUGGCGUCCCAUUUGACCGGGUGCAACACGUACUCGUUCCGAGCGCUACAGUUUUUGGUGGUAGACGAAGCCGACAGGGUGCUUAGUGGAAGUUUUGACGAGGAUUUGGCGGCAAUUGAUCGGUUUCUGCCGAAAAAACGACAGAAUUUGUUCUUUUCGGCCACACUGAAGGAGUUUAUGCGAGAGAGCAGUAUAUUUCCGAUCAGAGAAGAUGCAUUCGAAUGGUCGGAAGAAAGUGAAAUCGCAACUGUUGAAACGUUAGAUCAGAGAUACAUUUUGUGUGCGGAUUAUGAUCGGGACAUGGUGCUGAUAGAAACUCUGCGCAAGUUUAAGGAAGAUCAUGAGGAGGCCAGUGUUAUGAUUUUUACGAAUUCCAAAAAAGAUUGUCAGGUACUGUCGACAACACUGAAUACUAUCGGUUUUGAUAACGUUUGUUUGCAUGGAUUUCUAAGGCAAAAGGAACGGGUAGCGGCACUAAACAGAUUCAAAUCUAAACAUGUGAGAGUACUAAUUGCAACAGAUGUGGCCAGUCGAGGAUUGGACAUUCCGAACGUACAGCUCGUCCUGAACCAUCGGUUGCCAAAGGUUCCUAAUGAGUAUAUUCACCGUGUUGGGCGAACUGCUCGUGCUGGACGGAAAGGAUUGGCCAUUUCGAUUUUCCGAUUUCCGAGAGAUUUGGAGUUUCUGGGUGAAAUUGAGAGCCUAAUCAAUACAAAGCUGAUCGAACAUCCCAUCGAUCAACGGUUAGUGGAACGGAUCUUCAUGCAAGUCAGCGUUGCACGGAGAGAGGCUGAAAUGAAUUUGGACAAUAAGGACUUCGAUGAGAGGCAGCAUAAUUACAGACGAAAGAGGUGGAUUGAGCAAGGGCUGGAUCCGGACGAGAUGGAAGAUAAGUGGAAACAGGAGAAAAAAAUGCGAGCUGAAGAGCGGAAGGAACGGUUAAGGAAGGAGAACGAAAUGCGCAAAAAAGUAGUCAGCGCGGAAGAUGUAUCCGUAACGAUCAAGGAUGAACGUUUCAAGGGUGCCGUGCAAAGCAAAAAAUUUAAAAAGCGGAAGUUUGUCUCAACUGAGCAGUUAGAUGAGGCGAAAAAUAAGAUGAAAAUAAAUAAGCAGAGCACAUUGAAAGGGAAGCUAAAAGUUAAAACCAAAUUAAAAGGUAAAGUAAAUACAAACUAACAUGUUCGAUAAUUA